GACAGAUUUUACGUCAGUAGGUGACAUUUACUAGCAACUCGACGAUUUGGAUUCCUUUCGUAAAAAUAAAUAACUUUUAUUCGAAACAUUUUUUCGAAUUAUGGAAAGAUGGCGCUAUGAUCUAAAAAAACGUUUGUUGGAAAUGGAAAAUUUAAUUUAAAAAUGGAAUGUCCCAACUAAAACAGAAAACUGUACUUAACUUUUUUUUUGAUAUUAGGACCUACUCUUCUCAACCCAAUAGAUCCCCAAAGCGCUCGAGUUACUGCACAUUUAGCAUACUUUGUUCCCCUACCAUAAUGGAUAACUAAGUAGUACACGCUGUAUCAGUUUAUAAAAAUUCCCAAUAAUAACUGAUUAAAAGGUCAAAGCAACAACAUUUUUAUAGCAAGUUUAAAGUGAAACAUUAAUAUUACUUAAAUAUUUAAUACCCAAACGAGUGAUAUAUAUGAGAAAGUGAUCAUGUCUAUUUUCGAAGUUUUAAUUAUUCUGGCAGGUUAUACAACGGUGCUAUUUUUAGACCAGGAAGUAGAUAUUAAUAAAAAUAACUGUAAUAUCAUUGGUGGAUCAGGUACUUUUUCUAAAUUGACUCAAUUGCAACAUAACCUAUCACAUUGUGUAGAUGAACAUUCUAAAGGAAUUCCCAUAAAUAAAAUAAAUGUAGCCAAAAUUCCAAUUUACCAUACUUCUUGUUUGGGACGCCAGGCUAUUAGUGGUUGUUAUGAACCACUAAUAUCUGCUUCAAAACAAUGUCUAAAUAUAACAGAAUCAUAUUUAGUAGAUAUUUGGCAGAAUAUAGAUAACGAAUUAAUAGCGUACACGUGUAAAAACGAAGAUAAAGUACAAAAAUAUACCAAGGAAUAUACGGCGGAAUGUAUGAACGAAGGGAUAUUAAAAAUUCAAGAAAAAUGCUUAGGCUUGAGUAGCAAUCCGAUGUCUCCAAUGCGUGAAAUGUCACAAAUUACAUGCAAAAAAUUCGAAGACGCCGAGGAUUGUAUUAUGGAAACUCUCAGCAACCAUUGCUCUCAGAACAUCACAGAUGUUGUUGUGUCUGUAAUAAAAAUUUUAAAAACCAACGCAUGCAGUUAUGCACCUAAACAUAGGAGUCGAAGAAGUUUGCAUAGAGUUGUAAGGCAAUUGGCAAUGUCUGAUAAGAUGGACAGAAUUGAGGAGCAUUUGAAAACUAAGUGUAUCAAAAAUGGAUUGGACUCUAAAAAAUUGGAAGACAGCGUAACAAAGAUGAAAAGUUGUAUAAAGGAAAAACCCCUUUUUUUAACUCCAAAACACAUUUACAUCAAGCAUGUUGACGGAUGUACCAAAGAAGUUAUUAAAACGUUAAAGGCUUGUUUACCAGAAAAAUAUAAAUAUCUUCCUCAACUGAUUUUUGAUGUUUUUGAUUCGAUGAUAAGCUUCAUGUACGAUGAUUUUAUCCUUAUAAGUUCGGAACUUACUCCUUGCCUACCAAAACUUAAAAGUGAGGAAAGCACAACCGAAUACAAUGAGUGUAAUAGAAAAGUAACAGAUAUCGUUGAAGAUGAACUUGUUGAAAGCAAAGAAAAAUUUUGCGAGAGAUAUAUACAUCUAAAUGAGUGUUUUAUUGCCCAAGUGAAGAAACAGUGCGCACCAUCAGCGGAACUAACCAAAUUUGAGAAGGAUUAUAUGAAUGCUGUUAAAAAACCCUGUGAAUAAAUUAACACACAUUUUGAUGAAAUAUAGUGCAUAUGUUAUGAUAUGGUAUAUUAUUAUGAUAUAUACCUAGUUUAAAAUAAAGUUGUAUCUCUAA